UUGGUAGCCUCCUCUGCUAUUAGAGAGAUGGCCAUUGAGCAGCACAAGGAUGUUGAGAAUGGUGAUAACCAGGGCCUUGAAGACCUUCAGGAGCCUUUGGUUAAGCUGGAGAAGAAGGUUAUAAGCUAUGAAGACAGCGAGAGUGACGAGAGUGUCGAAAGUAGUUCUUCCAUUGCAACGGUGUUGCUGAGCACAUUUGUUGCUGUUUGUGGCUCUUUUGAAUUCGGCUCUUGUGUGGGUUAUUCUGCACCAACUCAAUCUGCUAUCAUGGAAGAUCUUAGCCUCUCUUUGGCAGAGUACUCAAUGUUCAGUUCUAUAUUGACCAUCGGCGCCAUGCUUGGUGCUAUUACGAGUGGUCGAAUUGCAGACUUUUUCGGUCGAAAAGGGGCAAUGCGAAUGUCAGCAAUCUUCUGCAUUGCAGGAUGGCUAGCAGUCUACUUCUCUAAUGGGGCGUCAUUGCUCGAUUUGGGGAGGUUCUUCAAAGGAUAUGGAAUUGGAGUUUUCUCAUACGUGGUUCCUAUAUUCAUUGCGGAAAUCGCGCCAAAACAUCUUCGUGGAGGGCUCACUACUCUAAAUCAGCUCAUGAUUGUCAUUGGGGCAUCAGUUGCGUUUCUAAUGGGAACCGUCGUAACUUGGAGAACUCUGGCUCUGACAGGGCUUGUACCCUGCAUUGUGCUGUUUGCGGGUCUAUUCUUGAUCCCGGAGUCACCUAGGUGGCUGGCAAAGGUUGGUCGCAAGAAAGAGUUCCAGUUGGCACUUCAGACUCUCCGUGGCAAAGACACUGAUGUCUCUCGAGAAGCUGCUGAAAUCCAAGUGUAUAUAGAAACUCUUCAGAGUCUGCCCAAAGCUAGAAUGACGGACCUGUUUCAAAGCAAGUACAUACGUUCCGUUGUUAUUGGUGUCGGGCUGAUGGUAUUCCAACAAUUCGGUGGAGUCAAUGGGAUAGGUUUCUACGUGAGUGAAACCUUUGCUUCAGCUGGUCUUUCUUCAGGGAAGAUUGGAACAAUUGCUUAUGCUUGUGUCCAGGUUCCAAUCUCAUUACUGGGAGCUGUACUAAUGGAUAAAUCUGGAAGGAGGCCACUCAUAAUGGUUUCUGCAACCGGAACAUUUUUAGGCUGCUUUCUUGCAGGAUCUUCAUUCUUUCUCAAGGCACAUAAUAUGUUUCCAGAAUUUGUACCACUCAUGGCAGUUACUGGGGUAUUGAUUUACAUCGCAUCAUUCUCGAUUGGGUUGGGGGCAGUUCCGUGGGUGAUAAUGUCUGAGAUUUUUCCAAUAGACAUAAAAGGUGCAGCUGGUAGCCUAGUGGUGCUAGUGAACUGGUUGGGUGCUUGGGCAGUCUCUUACACAUUCAACUUCCUCAUGGUCUGGAGUAACUCAGGUACAUUUUUCAUUUACUCCGGCUUCUCGGUGCUGACCAUCCUGUUCGUGGCGAAAUUGGUCCCGGAAACAAAGGGCAAGACACUGGAAGAAAUCCAGGCUUGCAUCAAUUCAGACAGCAGAGGACUACCAACUUUGAAAUGAUUUUAGGGGAAAUACUAGAAGAAAAUUCAGAUGUUUUAUUGUGGAGUAGAUUUGAGAAUUGCUUAGAGGGUUACCUAUUUCAAGUUUGA